AUGAUCCCGUACAUCAACAUACCGUUUGACUACGUGUCUGGUCUACUUGGUGCUUCUACGGACGAACUGAAAUUGAUAUCCUCCUUCCUAAUAUCAUACCCACUCGCGGCCGUUCUGAAGCGAUUACCGGACGACAAACCAUGGCUGAAGAAUGUGUUCAGCAUUUCAGUCGGCGUCUUCUUCGUCAUCGGCCUCUUCGACCUCUGGGGCGGCCUCUUCACCCUCACCCUCGACGCCGUAGCCACAUACGCCAUAGCCGCCUACAUCCAAGGCCCCUACAUGCCAUGGAUCGGCUUCGUCUGGCUCAUGGGCCACAUGUCCGUCAGCCACAUCUACCGGCAAAUGAUCAACAACCCUAGCGCGGUCGAUAUCACCGGUGCGCAGAUGGUCAUGGUCAUGAAGCUGAAUGCUUUCUGCUGGAAUGUCUGGGAUGGGAAGCAGAAGCAGGCCGAUCUCACGGAUGCUCAGAAGGAACGCAUGCUUACUGGGCUGCCCUCUGCUCUGGACUAUGCUGGGUUCGUGGCUUUCUUUCCUUCGCUCAUGGCGGGGCCAGCGUUUGACUAUGUGGAUUAUCACCGCUGGCUGAAUACGUCGAUGUUUGAUCUGCCUCCCGGGACGGAUCCUAUGAAGGCGCCAGUGACUCGCAAAAAGCGCAAGAUCCCACGCAGUGCUACUCCAGCUAUGCUCAAGAUGGCCUCUGGCCUUGGCUGGAUCCUUCUCUUCCUCCAGAUGUCAAAGUAUCACAAUCCUCAGGUAAUCCUAAGCGACAAGUACAUGACCUACAACUUCUUCUGGCGAGUCUACCAUCUCCACAUGAUGAACUUUGUCACCAGGAUGAAGUACUAUGGCGUGUGGUCGCUCACCGAGGGCUCUUGUAUUCUUUCUGGCAUCGGCUACCAAGGGAUCGAUCAAAAGACAGGCAAGGCGAGAUGGGACCGCUUGACCAACAUCAAGCCUGCUGGAGUUGAGCUUGCGCAAAACAGCCAUGCGUAUCUGGGGAAUUGGAACAUCAACACAAACCAUUGGCUGCGGAACUACAUCUACCUCCGUGUCACGCCAAAAGGAAAGAAGCCAGGUUUCCGAGCCAGCAUGGCCACCUUCGUGACGAGCGCCUUCUGGCAUGGCUUCGAGCCCGGCUACUACAUGACCUUUGUGCUUGCGAGCUUCAUCCAGAACGUCGCGAAAAACGCCCGCCGCCUCCUCCGCCCCUUCUUCAUCGCCCCUGACGGCAAAACCGGCACACCCUACAAACGAUACUACGACAUCGCCACCUGGCUCAUCACCCAACUCGCCUUCUCCUUCACCACCACUCCCUUCAUCCUCCUCUCCAUCCACGACAGCAUGACGGCCUGGGCACGCGUCUACUUCUACUGCGUCAUCGGCGUGACCGCUUGCUCCGUCUUCCUCGUCACACCUGGUAAAGCUUACCUGCAGAAACAAGUAAAAGCGCGGAGUUCCCGCCCGCAACUGCAGAGGGGCGAGAGCCAGGAGGGUGAUGUGACGUUGGGGGUGCCGAGUGAGCCGGGCCGGGAGUUUGAUGAGAUGGUGGAUGAGAUUAUGGAGGAGGUGAAGCGAAGGCAGGGGAGUGGGACGGUGCCGGAUGGGAUGGAGUUGAGGAAGAAAGUGGAGGAGACGUUGCGGUCGAAGACGGGGCAAGGGAAGGGGAAGGAGUCGUAG